GGAACCAUUUCAGAACCAAGUGUCCCAGUUCCGUGAUCAUCAUUCAGACAUUGAGGCUGGGCUGAGCCUCAGCCUGCGGUGGUUCUCUUGAUUGAACACCUGAUUGAAGCGCCAAUGUGACCUUUUUUUGAUUUCUCGAGCAGGCUAGAGGGGGAGGUGUUGGUGGGUGAGUGAGCUUUGGUGGUGAGAGGCGGCUGCAAAAGUGGCUGUGGGCACCCCCCGGCUUGAGGCUGGCCGGAACGUGCCCUGCUGCGAGCCGGGCGAGGAUGAGGCGUUUCCUGAGCAGAAAGGGCCGCUUCUCCCUGCGCCAGAGCAAGUCUGGCCCCCGGAGUGCUUGCAAGGAUUUUUAUCUUGGUCUACCCGCUACCAAUCAGAACUGGCCUGAGGCUUUUGGUUUCCGCCUGGGUGGCACUGGGCCCAGCUACAUCUUGUCUGUGGUGGAGGGUAGUAGCGCCUUUCUGGCAGGCUUGCAGCCCGGGGACCAGGUGGUGGACAUCGAGGGACAGGAUGUCACCAACCUGAGCACCCCGGCUUUAAUCGCUCUAGCUCAGACCCUCAAGACUGUGCCACCCAGCAUCGGUGUGGUGUCACGAAUCGAACAGAUUGACAUCACUCCUAGCCCGGACGGCCGCUUCGGCUUCACCAUCGUCGGAGAUAGCCCUCUCAUGGUGGAGGACUGCAUUCACAACGGAGCGGCCAGUCGCAGCGGCCUCAAGGUCGGGGACUACGUCAUGGAGGUCAACGGCAUCCCGGUAAAACAUCACGAAACGGCGGCGGCUAUGAUCAAAGCCGCUCAAGGCCGGCCUCUGCGCCUCGGUGUGCUCAGCAUGGCACGGCGACCCAAGCGGCUGAGCAGCAGCAUGAGGGUCCUCUCUCAGAGCGGCGACAGCGUCAGGGAUAGCCGAGCCCAUAAAGCCAUGGAGUUUAAUAAGAAGGUGGAGGAUGUGCUGGGAGAGGAGCCAGACGUGAAGGAACAACUGUUUGAGGUCUUGAAGCAGUAUGCCGCUGAGAGGGAUGUGGAAAGCCUGGCUGAGGCACUGCCUGACAUUCUCGUCACAGAGGAGCAUCAGCAACUCAUUGACAGCGUCAGGAUCUUCAUCCCUAAGAAGCACCGGGAGCGUUUCGACGAAGUGGUUUCCCAGAGCCUGAUGAGCCGCAUCAAGGGGCGCAGCUUCAGCGACCCAAGCCGUAGCCGCCGCAGCCGCAGCCGGAGCGAAGACCAUCCCGAACACCUUCUGGUUUCCACCCGAGCCAGUUCUGUGCCCCGCACCCACGCAGAGGAGGGCUCCGUCCCACCCGCCCGAGGGAUGCGAAAGACAACGUCACUGAUAGCCGGCCACUCCGGCGGCACGACGACCAACUGCAGGACGGUGAGAGUAUGCAAGGGCAACAUGAGCUUCGGCUUUACUCUCCGAGGUCACGCUCCUGUGUGGAUCGACUCUGUCAUCCCCGGGAGUGCAGCAGACAAAGCAGGUCUAAAACCAGGAGACCGCAUCCUGUUCCUCAAUGGACUUGACAUGAGGACCUCCUCCCAUGAGAAGGUGGUGUCCAUGCUGCAAGGAAGCGGAGCCAUGCCCACCUUGGUAGUGGAGGAUGGCGCACCAUCUUUCACCCUGUCAGAGCAGGACCUAGUAGGGAGCAGCGUGGCCCAAGAGCGCGCCCGCUCCCCCGUGCUAAGCUCCCUGCAGUGGGUGGCCGAGAUCCUUCCCCCGAGCAUCCGAGUUCAGGGCCGCACCUUUGGACAGCAGCUGGAGCACCUGCUAACCAUUCAGGAGAGGUACACCAUCUGCAAGGCCCUGGAGAACUUCUUCCAGCACAGGAAUGUCGACACGCUGAUCGUGGAUGUCUUCCCGGUUCUGGAUACUCCAGCCAAACAGGUGAUCUGGCAAUUUGUUUACCAGCUCCUGACCUAUGAAGAGCAAGAACACUGCCAGAGCAAGAUCUCACGCUUUCUUGGGUUCAAGACACCAGUUCCACCACCACCUCCUCCCCCUCCUCCAGAACCCGAGGUUGCCUCUGAGCCCCAUCGCCGUAGCAGCUCCAUGAGGGUGACAGGGACCACAUACAGGAGCAGUGUGAGGGGGCGGAGCUCUGAUGACCUGGUCAUUGGCACACACUUGGGCAUGGGCUACCGUGCAGACUCAUUAUUGGAGGCUGGAAUGAGGUUGGCUCCAGGAGAAAGACAGUCAGGAGACGGUACCUCACUCCCUGAGACUCCCAACAACCUCACCAAUCUAUCAGCUGUGUACGCUGAACUGGAGAACAUGUACUCGGCCAAGAGAUCCAAGUCUCUGAAGACUCGCCCUCCUCCUGCCCCUGAGACUUUGCUGGAUCUGGACCCUCCGUCCCGCACAGCUUCCCCCACAAUGCGUGCUAACACAGGUAGUCGUAAAGGCCCCCCACCUCCUACAACCUGGCCAGAACCUAUUCCGAGCCCUCCCCCUUCCCAGUUCUACCCAUCAGGGCUGACUAGUCAAAACAGUGGCGAGUCAAACCCUUACAUUAGCCUGGACAGUCCGCCACCAUCACCGCCAGAGACUCCUGACUUCCUGUCUAGCCCCCCUCCCCGCCGCAGUAGCAAACGCCGUUACACCUUCUCAAAACCGCCUCGGUCUGAAGACACCGAUCGCUUUCUGGACGCCCUGUCCGAACAGCUGGGGCAGCGAGUGGCCAUCGUAGACGACUUCCUCACUCCUGAAAAUGACUAUGAAGAGGAUGUUGUGCAGAUGGCUUUCCCAGAUGAUGAGGAGGAGGAGAAUGAGGAGGAGUUGGGCAUGGAUGAUGAAGAAGAAGAAGAAGACAACGGAGGCUUUGUGGGUCCUGAGCUCAGCAGCCCAAGCGACGUUCAGAGCAGCAGCGGAGAAGAGAACGCCUCUUCUCUCACCUAUUCCUCUUCCUCUGACCACAUCCCUCCACCCCCCAUGACUCCUCCUCCACCUCCGCCUGUUCAGUUCAACGACUCGCCUGCCCCUCCUCCUCCUCCUCCGCCUGCAGCUGCAGCUGCACAGUCUCAGCAGCAGCCUAGCUACACCCCUGAACACUCUCCAAGAGCUUACGUGCCCAUCCGCCGCAAAUCUGGACCACCUCCUCCACCGCCACCCCGCAGUAAUCCGCCGCCCAAACGACACUCCCUCCAUAAAGUGCUCCCCACUAAGGAGGAGCUGCAGGUCCAUGCUGCUAUACAGGAGCUUAAGGCUUAUCAAGAGCAACAGGAAAGACAGAAUUAUGAGGAGCAACAAGCGUAUAAAGAGAGGCAAGCGUAUGAAGAGCAGAAGGCUUUUGAGGAACAGCAGGCCUACCAGGAGAAACUGUUCAAGGAGAGACAAGCCUACGAGGAGCAGAAGGCGUACGAGGAGCUGAAAGCUUUCGAGGAGCAAAUGUUCCAGGAGCAACAAGCCUACCAAGAAAGGCAAGCAUCUCACCAGCGUCAAGCCUUCCAGGAGCAGAAAGCCUACGAGGAUCAACUGAUGCAGCAGAUCUACCAUAGCCAUCACUCCAUGCCUUCCCAGCCCACCCAGCAGCAAGCCCACUCACCACUACCGCUCCAGCAGCUUCACCAGUCUUUACCGCCACUUCCUGGUCCGGAAUCCACCAACCACCAUGCCCGCCAUCCUCUUUAUAUAAUGCAUCAAGCACAGCAGCAGCAGCAAGCUCAUCACCACCACCGCCGUCAGUCCCGCUCAGCCCCACCUCCGCAUCAGCCACCACCUCAACCCACAGCCAACUCGAGCCAGCAGUAUUCCGAGGGCGUUUACCAAAGCCACCAAAGCUUCAGAGCGCAGCCCCACCACUCCUCUGCAGAGAUGCUCCACCAGCUGCAACAAGUCCACCACAACCAGUCAGCAGACAUGCUGCAGCAGAUGCAGCAACCCAGCGCCCACUACUCGUCUGCGGAGAUCCUUCACCAAAUACACCAGUCCAAGCUCCAUCACUCCUCCACAGAACUUCUCCAUCAAGCUCACCAGAUGAUGCAGAUGCAGCCCCACCACUCCUCCACGGAACUUCUCCACCAAGCCCACCAGAUGCACAGAGGACAGCCCCACCAUUCUUCCACUGAGCUACUCCAUCAAAUACACAAACCGCAGCCCCACCACUCAUCCACGGAGCUACUCCACCAAUCCCAUCAGAUGCAACAACCAAAGCCGCACCACUCCUCCACGGAGCUGCUGCAUCAAGACCAGCAAGAGCCUUCCUCACUUCCCAUUCAGCUAAAUCGCGAGAGCCACUCACAGAGUCGCAGAAGUCUCAAAGGUCUACACCAUACCCAAGUGUCGCCACAAGGGCAGUCGAGCCACCAUCACCCACAGCCUAUCAAGCCAUCCCCCCAGAGACCCCAUUCAAUGCAGCAGACUCACCACCACUCCAGCACCCCUCAGAUCCAUCACAUUCACCACAUGACCCCCCAGCCCCCUCCACAGGACUACCAGCACCAGAUUCACGUCAUCCACCCGCCACAGCAGCAACCCCACAGAUCCCAUCCCCUCCUCUCAACAUUCCAGCCUCUCCAGCCGCAUCAGCCUACUCUUUCCACCUUCCAGCCUCUACCACAACACCAGACCCAGGCCACCACCCAAACCACCCGCCCUCAUUCUCAACCCUCUCACCAUCUCAUGCAAUCCCAACAACAACCCCAAGUCCAGACCCACCACAAGCCACCCCAGGGCCAAAAUCAGCCCCAGUCCCUUCCCCACUCUCUAUCCGACCCCACAGAGCACCUGGAGCCUCCGCCGCCACCCCCUCUGCCGCCACCUUGCUCGCCUCCACCCUUACCCAGGCCCACUCUUUCCAGGAUGGACUCCCAUCACAUGAGUGUCAAGAGGCUGCGCUGGGAGCAGGUGGAGAACUCGGAGGGUACUAUCUGGGGACAGUUGGGGGCCAACUCUGACCAUGAAAAACUGCACGACAUGGUGAAAUAUUUGGAUCUGGAGAUGCACUUUGGGACACAGAAAGGAUCUUCCCUGCUUCUAGUGCCCACGCCAGAGCCUUCACCACAGCUUGAAACGUUUAAGAAGAAAGAUGUGAUUGAAAUUCUGUCCCACAAGAAGGCCUACAAUGCAUCCAUCCUGAUAGCCCACCUGAAGCUGUCGCCAGGAGAGCUGCGUCAGGUGCUGAUGAACAUGGCCUCCGAUAGGCUGGAGCCGCCUCACAUCCGACAGCUGCUGCUGUACGCCCCUGACGCAGAGGAGGUGAAAAAGUAUGAAGAAUACAGAGAUGACCCGAGCAAACUCAGUGAGCCGGACCAGUUUGUGCUGCAGAUGCUAUCAGUGCCGGAGUACAAGACCCGUCUCGAGAGCCUCCACUUCAAGUGCUCCCUGCAGGAGAAGACAGAGGAGCUGAGGGGGGCCUACGAAUGCGUAUGUAAGGCCUCCUCGGAGCUGAAGAACAGCAAGAAGCUCGCAAAAAUAUUAGAGUUUGUGUUGGCCAUGGGCAACUACUUGAAUAACAGCCAGCCUAAAACCAGCAAGACAACAGGCUUCAAGAUCAACUUUCUGACAGAGUUAAGCACUACAAAGACGGUGGAUGGCAAGUCAACAUUUCUGCAUAUUCUGGUCAAGUCUUUGUGCCAUCACUUUCCGGAUGUGCUGGAUUUUUCCAAAGAUCUCACAAUGGUUCCGCUCGCAGCCAAAGUGAAUCAAAGGACUAUGACAUCCGACGUCAACGACCUCCACGCAACCAUCCAGAACAUCCGCUCAGCCUGUCAAAAAAUGCCCACGACAGCCGAGGACCGCUUUGCGGUCGUCAUGAGCAACUUUCUGGAGAACAGCCAUCCAGCCUUGCAGUCUCUGGAGUCUCUCCAGCAGAGAGCAAUGGAGGAAUUUUCCAAAACGGCGUCUUACUUUGGAGAGGACAGCAAGGGCACCAACACUGAAGCCUUCUUUGGCAUCUUUGCUGAAUUCAUCAACAAGUUUGAGAGAGUUCUGAGUGAUCAACAGGCAGCAGAAAACCCGAAGAGCCCAAGAAGUCCCCGUAUGGCUUCACCACUGGCCUGGUAGCUCCUUUGUAUUCAAAUACGUGUAUGCUGUAUCUACACAUACUGGACACCUCAUUAGGUACACCUGCACAAUGAAAGAUGCACAUUGAAUAUUGUUCAUCAUAGUGAGAAUGAGAGUUGUUGGUAAUAUUUUUCCUCAUUCUUGUAGCUAAAUGUAAAUAUAGAAUGCAUAUAAUAUGUCUGUGCAGGUAUACCUAAUUACAUGAUAUACUGUUGCAUAACAUAUUGCACAUUUCUGAGCAAAAAGAGGACUUGUAUGGCUUUUAAGGGACUUGUAAAUGCAUGAAAGAUGGAGCAUUUCCUAAUGGUGUACAAUAUUGUAUGUAAUCUGUAUGUCUAUAAGAGGGGAAAGAUUCACUUUAUAGGUUUCCUUUUCUAAGGUCACUCAUGGUGUAGUUUAUAAUACAAUAAAAUAGCGUCAUUUAUAAUUGGAAUGUUAUUAAAAUGUAAUUGAUUUAGGGUUUUUAGCACAUAAUGGCAGCUUCCUCGUCGCAUAGUGUGUAUUUUAUUAAGCGGCCCACCACACUGGAUGUAAUAGAAGUUAGCUAAUAUUCAGCAGAAUACAGUAACUUGAUCUACUGCCCAGUCUCUCUGUCAAGAGUUUGACUUCAUAGGUUGAGACUUUAUUCUGAAUUGCUCUUUAGCGAUAGAUUGCACUUUAGAAACUGACAAUUCAGAGUUCCAUAAAUGGGAAGGCGGAGCUUAGACACGGGGUUGUGCAAUCCGUCACGGCGAUAUUUGGCCGAUCUAAAUACAACUGAUAUAUUAGCACUUUUAAGAUCAAAAUAUUGAUUUUAUUGUUUAUCUCAUGAGAGCUUGGAUUCGGAGUGAGUGAAUUUCAAUGUCGCAGCAUCUGCAGUGAUGUACAUAAAUAGCCAAUUAUACUGCAACUGUAACGACUUGACAAAUAGAAUGCUUUGUAGAACAACAAAGUAGUAGUGCAGAUACUCAUUAUUAUAAAACAAUAAUACCUGCAGCUAAUGAAUUCUUUCUUUUCUUUCAAUUUAGUUAUCUCACUGUGCAUAAGGCCAGGAUGAAAUAGCUACAAAUAUACCACGACAGGGAAGCUAUAAUAUUGUGUACAGAUAGAAUAGUUUUGAUAAAUUUAAUUUUAUUUAAAAUCAGGAUGGAAUGUAAAGGAUGAAUUGUUUAAUCAUUUAAGCACAUCACUUAGGAAUAAUAAUUGAUUACGAUCAUCCACACAUGCUAAGAGUGCAGCCGAAGGGUUAUUAAGUUGUAAAAUCGCAAGAGAAAAUAAUCGUAAUGCUACAAGAAUGAAGUCGUAAUGUUUUGAGAAAGAAGACUACAGCUGUAAUUUCAUGUAAAAACGAUUACAAGGAUAAUGUCAUAUUUUUAACUGAAUGCCCGGCAUCGUUGUCUCCCUCUGGUGGCAAACUAUAUGUAUACACGUCUUUAUUCUGGUUAUUUCCGACAUAAAAGUGUUGCACUUUUCUCGUACCCGUUAUCAGACCUACCAGCAUGUUUGCAUUUUUCAUACUCCAAAUGCACUUUGACCCUUGAAUACACUUGUACGCUUGGCUGCUCACUCCUCCUCUUGCAAAUUCUCUUGCGUAGCAUGGCGUGCGCCUCGAAGAGGGCGUACAGCCUACGGCCGUCAAUGCCUUCUCAUCCAAUUUCGGAUCAACAUUCGCAAUCAAAACGACUCUUGGAAGGCAUCGAUUAGUUCCAGCUUGUCCCUUUUAAGCGUGGCCACUUGGAGGAAUGUCUUUGGUCUGCUUUAUUCCCGUUCUAUUCCGACUUUUUGUGCUUUUUCGUGAAAUUCAACAGUAUUCCUGUAAAAUGCCGAAUUUUUCUUAUUGUUAAAAUUCAAGCUUUAUUCUCAUAAAAUGGCAACGUUACCUCUUUAUUCUCAUAAAUCCUGACAUUAUUCUUGUAAAACGAUGACUUGUCUCCUCAAAUUCAAUUUAUUGUCAUCCGGUCACCACUUUUUCCUGGAAAAUUGAAACGUUAUUUCCUUCAAAUCGGAACACUUUUCCUUCAAAUUGAACUUAAAUCUCUUAAAAUAACGCACUUUAUUGUUGUAAAUUCCUAUAUUCUUCUUGGAAAAUGGCAAACAUCUUUUGGAAAAUGAUUGACUUUAUACUCCGUGUGUCCGCAACCCUUAGAAUGCUUGUCAUUUUUGUUUAUGUGAUGAUGAUACUAACACACAUUGCUCAAUGUGUAUGGUCUAAAAUAUGGAACAUCUGCAUUUUGUAUUGUGUAUUUUACAAUGCUGCCAAUUAUAAAGUCACAUAAAAUCUC